AUGUUUUGUUGGGGGAACGCAACACAUCACGAAUUAUGUAUUGAGGGGUCUGACAAUCUUGAUUUGAUCAUAAAGCCAACAAUUUCGAAAUGGAAGGAGAGUGGUCAUGUACAAUCAAUAGCAGCUGGAGAGUUCCAUUCAUUAUACUUGACCAACAUUGGCCAUCUGUAUUCAUGUGGCAACAAUGAUGUUGGCCAGUUGGGGCGGCAUACAAAGGAUGAUGAUGGAAAAUAUCCAGCUCUUGUAGAAACAUUUAAAGGUUGCAAUUUAUCAGCAAUAGCAUGUGGACUGCAGCAUUCAAUGGCAAUUGAUGAAUGGGGUCAACCUUUUAGUUGGGGGUCUGACAGUAUGGGCCAAUUAGGUAGUAAUCUAGGGGCACAUGCUCAAGAUAAACCUAAAAUUAUUAAAUUACUAGCUACAAAAAAUUUAAUACAGAUAGCUUGUGGUUCUUACCAUUCUAUAGCAUUGACUAAUAAUGGUGAAUUAUAUACCUGGGGUGCAAAUAGUUUUGGUCAGUGCGGUUUAGGCAUGAUGUCAAAUAAGGAAACAACACCACAACAGAUAACAUCAUUAGUUGGCGUCCCCAUUGCAUUGGUGACUUGUGGGAGUAACCAUACAUUCGUCUUAUCUAAAUCUGGAGCUGUUUAUGGGUUCGGUAAAAAUGGUCACGGCCAAUUAGGACUACAAGAUAAGGAUAACAGAUGUUAUCCUACUCAUUUGAAAUCACUACGUAAUGUUAAGGUUUGUUACAUUUCAUGUGGGGAAGACUUCACAGCGUUUUUAACGUUAGAUGGUGGAGUGUUUACAUGUGGUUCAGGGGAAUAUGGACAGACGGGGCAUGGAUCGGUCAAAGAUGAAUUGGUUCCUAGAAAAAUAAUGGAAUUAAUGGGCAGUACAGUGACGCAAAUAGCGUGCGGACGUAGGCACGUACUAUGUCGCGUGGGCGAUCGCGUACUCGCGUGCGGUUACGGCGCGCGCGGACAACUCGGCUGUCCGCAUAUGGCCUUCGCACUUGUACCCACGCCCGUGCCAUUUACUCCUAAUGAUGAAUCACCGACAGAGCCGGCUGACUCUAAUAAGUUUUCGACGGUCUUCAACGGCCCUAUACGCGUAUUUGCGGGCGGUGACCACAGUUUCCUCGUAGUGCAUAGUGAUAAAUCGAUACAAGCUGACGCACGGAUACCAGAUGCUAAGAAACAAAUACUCACACUAAAUAUACCUAAACUGGCGGCUUGCGAGGUCUUCAAGGACGACGAUGUAGUGAAUCAGGAUCUAAUGGCAUACUUAGAGACAGUUUUCGGAUCACUAUCAUGUUUGAAUGCGUCAUUCCUGUUACAAAAUAGCGCGCAUUAUGGAUGUAAUACAAAAGUACCUGGAGUGGACAUUAAAAAGGCUGAAGAGGCUUUUAGCAUCAUCAGUCGAUUUGAAAAUACGUCUAUUAAAGAAUUGAUAUUCAGUCAUCUAACAGAGAACGUAAUAAAGGGAGUAAAGAGUUCGCCACCUGAUGCUGAAGCUUUGAGAGUUUUUCUCCUCUUGCCUUUGUACCAUGAGAUGAGGAAUCCGAGGCGACAUCCAGAAUUACAAGGUCCAUUCGCCGAAGCAUUCAACAGGUUAUUAGUUCACCCUCAAAAGAUCGUUCACUUGUGGUGGGAGGCGCAAACAGCGGAGUACUUUGAGAUGCUCGUUGAUAUUUUUAAGAGUGUCAUUGUGUAUGAGUUGAUGCAGCCUGUGGUUAGGCUUAAUAAGAAAUUAAAUUUCACACACAGCAUAUUACAAAUUCUGAAUGCUCUAUCGACGCUAAAUAAAAUUAACUUCACGAAUCCAAAGAACCCAAAAAUACCAGCGGAAUGUUUUUAUAUUGAAGACCUAAGUGGACACGUUAAUAUCGCUAAAGAUUAUAUAAAUUGGCUUUCGGACCAAGAUUCGAAUCAGCUUCACCUCUGCAACUACGCAUUUCUAUUUGACGUACAAUGCAAGUCGUUGCUACUAAAGAUCGAUCAACAGCUGCAAAUGCAAAUGGCUAUCCACAGAGAGGUUACGCAAAUAUUCACGAGACUUUUCAUGGAUCCGACGUACGAAUACCAUAGAGAUCAGUUUUUGCAACUGACCGUGUCGAGAAAUCAUAUUGUGAGAGACACGAUGCUGCAAAUCAGCAAUCAUGACAGCUCUCAGCUGAAGAAGCCGCUUAGAGUAGAAUUCGUAGGUGAAGAAGCGGAGGACGCUGGAGGGGUUAAGAAAGAGUUCUUCCUAUUAUUGCUGAAGGAAAUAUUUGAUCCUGUCUAUGGAAUGUUUAAGCAGUCCGAGGAGACAAACAUGAUAUGGUUCUCUAACAACCCAUUCGAAGAUGAUGUCAUGUAUUAUUUAAUAGGUGCAAUAUACGGACUAGCGAUUUACAACUCGAUAAUCAUCUACGUGCCAUUCCCACUUGUACUAUACAAAAAAUUGUUAGACGAAUCUGUGAUAUUGGACGAUUUAUCUGACCUCUACCCAACACUGGCGAACAGUUUGAAACAUUUGCUUGAAUAUCCUGACGAAGACGUUGAAGAGGUAUUCUGUCUAUGUUUCGCCGUAAACACAGUAGUGUUUGAUCAAGUUCAAGUACACCCACUGAAGGAGAAUGGAGAGAAUGUGCCCGUCACACAUGAGAAUAAGGCGGAGUAUGUUGAUUUGUAUGUCGACUUUCUUCUGAACAAGUCUGUUGAAAACCAGUUUAAGGCUUUUAAUCAAGGUUUUCAGAAGGUGUGUGGUGGCAGAAUAAUUAAACUAUUUAGAUCUCACGAAUUAAUGUCUGUAGUUAUCGGGAAUGAGGAGUAUGAUUGGGAGGUCUUUGAGAGCAACGCGGAGUAUAAGAAUGGAUACUGCGCUACGGACCAGCAAAUCAGAUGGUUUUGGGAGAUUUUCCAUGAGCUAUCGUUGGAGGAUAAGAAAAAGUUCCUACUGUUCCUUACUGGAAGUGACCGAGUGCCCAUACAAGGCAUGAAAGAUAUCAAGAUUGUAAUUCAAGCUGUUGCAGACGAUCGUUAUUUCCCAGUAGCCCAUACUUGCUUUAACCUGUUGGACCUACCUCGGUACAAAACGAAGGAACGCCUCAAAUACUACCUCGUUCAAGCCAUUCAGCAGACGCAGGGGUUCUCGCUCGUUUAA